CGGCCUUGCAAAGCAUAGAGAUGGACGCUGGGAGUGGGCUAUUGCUCCGGGUGUUUCUCCUUCUCCGAGAUACCAACAUGCAGCUGUUUUUGUCAAUGCAAGGCUUCAUGUAUCUGGAGGAGCUCUUGGUGGUGGUCGCAUGGUGGAAGAUUCAUCAAGUGUUGCGGUUCUGGACACUGCUGCUGGAGUUUGGUGUGAUAUAAAAUCAGUGGUGACAAGUCCUAGGACUGGCAGAUACAGUGCUGAUACAGCUGGGGGAGAUGCUUCAGUUGAACUUACACGGAGGUGCAGGCAUGCAGCUGCCGCAAUCGGCGAUAUGAUAUUCAUUUAUGGAGGAUUACGUGGAGGUGUGCUGCUGGAUGAUCUACUAGCUGCUGAGGAUCUCGCCGCUGCUGAGACAACAUCUGCAGCUUCUCAUGCUGCUGCAGUUGCCGCAGCUUCCAACAUUCAACCAGGGAGAUCACCUGGAGGAUACACAUACUCCGAUGAAAGGGAAAGGCAAGUGAUCACUGAAUCAGUCCCUGAUGGUUCAGUAGUCCUCGGUACUCCUGUCGCUCCUCCUGUCAAUGGGGACAUGUAUACUGAUAUAAGCACUGAAAAUGCCAUGCUCCAAGGACAAAGAUUGAGGAAAGGUGUAGAGUAUUUGGUUGAAAACUCAGCGGCGGAAGCCGAGGCAAUAAGUGCAGCGUUGGCUGCUGCCAAGGCUCGUCAAAUAAAUGGCGAAGCUGAGCAGUUGGCUGAUCAUGAUGGUGGUCCUGAAGCUACUCCAAGUGGGAAGCAAAUGCCAGACUUGAUUAAAACAACGGAUUCCUCUAUACCAACAAACACCCCAGCACUUGGGGUUCGGCUACAUCAUCGAGCAGUUGUUGUAGCUGCAGAAACAGGGGGUGCUUUGGGGGGGAUGGUCAGACAACUUUCCAUUGAUCAAUUCGAGAAUGAGGGCAGAAGAGUGAGCUACGGAACUCCAGAGAAUGCUACUGCAGCUAGAAAGUUACUGGAUCGUCAAAUGUCAAUUAAUAGUGUACCCAAAAAGGUCAUUGCACAUCUUCUGAAGCCCCGUGGUUGGAAGCCUCCUGUACGGAGGCAAUUUUUCUUGGACUGCAAUGAAAUUGCGGAUCUCUGUGACAAUGCUGAACGAAUAUUUUCCAGCGAACCAAGCGUCCUGCAAAUUAAGGCUCCUGUUAAGAUCUUUGGUGAUUUACAUGGCCAGUUUGGUGAUCUCAUGCGCUUAUUUGAUGAGUAUGGUGCUCCCUCAACAGCUGGAGAUAUAGCUUACAUUGAUUAUCUCUUCCUAGGAGAUUAUGUUGAUCGAGGCCAGCAUAGUUUGGAAACUAUUACACUUCUUCUUGCAUUAAAGGUUGAGCAUCCUCAUAAUGUACACUUAAUUCGAGGAAAUCAUGAGGCAGCUGAUAUUAAUGCAUUGUUUGGCUUUCGAAUAGAAUGCAUUGAAAGAAUGGGAGAACGAGAUGGAAUUUGGGCGUGGCAUCGGAUAAAUAGAUUAUUUAAUUGGCUUCCUUUGGCUGCAUUAAUUGAGAAAAAAAUUAUUUGCAUGCACGGUGGGAUUGGGAGGUCCAUAAAUCAUAUAGGACAGAUUGAGAACUUACAACGUCCAAUUACAAUGGAAGCAGGAUCUGUAGUUCUUAUGGAUCUUUUAUGGUCUGAUCCAACAGAGAAUGAUAGCGUUGAAGGGUUAAGACCAAAUGCCAGAGGCCCUGGUCUUGUUACUUUUGGGCCUGACCGUGUUAUGGAGUUCUGCAAUAACAAUGAUUUGCAGCUUAUAGUUCGUGCACAUGAAUGUGUAAUGGAUGGUUUUGAACGUUUCGCUCAAGGACAUCUAAUUACUCUUUUCUCGGCGACCAACUAUUGUGGUACAGCAAACAAUGCAGGAGCCAUCUUAGUCUUAGGAAGAGAUCUGGUGGUUGUUCCAAAACUCAUUCAUCCUCUGCCACCUGCAAUUACUUCACCAGAAACGUCCCCAGAGCGCCAUAUUGAGGAUACUUGGAUGCAGGAGCUUAAUGCAAAUCGACCGCCGACUCCAACCAGGGGUCGCCCGCAAGUCGCAAAUGAUCGGGGUUCUCUCGCAUGGAUAUGAUAUAGCUCUUUGCCCUCUCUCUCUCUCUCUGUGUCUCUCAUGUCUGUGUAGUUAAUUUUUGUCGGAUGAUGAUGGCUUGUGAUUGCUUGGCUAUCGUUGAUUUUCUUGAAGCUUUGAGUGGAUUAUUCUCCUCCUAUGAACCUGGAGCCUGACACAAUCGAGAUUAUCGACGUCUAGAAAGAUAGAUGAGAUUCUCUUGGAAACUGACCCACUAAUGAUAUAUCAUCAAAUGGUUGGCAGGCAAAAUUCAUUUGAGAGAGCUUUAGUUUGGAGGGGUAGAAGUUUCCUGGCAUUGUCGUCCCUACUAAAAGUUUGCCUCUUGUAUAUUUUUGCCUGUUGGCACAGAUUCAUAUAUGUGUGUGUAUGUGGUGGUACUGUUUAGAGGCCUAUUUCAAUUAGGGCAUUCUUUUCUUUUCUUUUUCCCCCUCCUCUUUUUGUUUUCUGCUUUUUUUUUUUUUCUUUUUUUGGCCCAUUUUCAUGCUUACAUGUUAUAAUUUACAGCUGGUGCUGUGGUCUUGUAUCAUAUAAAAUUGGUAAUCUUGCAGAACAUUUCAUCUA